AACAAACUCCACACCCUCUCUGUCAUUACAGCAAAGCUUAAGGUUACUCAUAUUUUCUCACUCCCGAUAUUUGCGCCUCUCCCCACUCUCUCUUCCCCUCUGAUCUCCUCUCUCCUCCAUGAGAACAUGUCCUCUUUCUUCUCCUCACCAGAGUCCAGGUUCCCCAAACCAGAGAAGAAAUGGGUCUUCCCCUUAGCAAUUACCCUCUCUUUCUCUCUCAUACUCCUCUUCUUCACCACAUUCAUCGUCUCCUACGCUUCCAUUUUCAGGAUAUCGUCUAUCUCUACAAAUUCGGAGCCCCUCUUCGUCGAAUCCAAGUUGGGUAUCUCUCCUCCCGUCUCUUCUGUCUCUACAAUCCCAAGGCUCGGUUAUUUGAUCUCUGGUUCAGUGGGUGAUGUCGAAAGCUUGAAGAGAACGCUCCAGGCUCUGUAUCAUCCGUUGAACCAGUAUGUUGUUCACCUCGACCUGGCUUCUUCAGUAGAUGAGCGAUUGGAGCUCGCAAACUAUGUUGAGAAUCACCCCAUUUUCUCUCGGAUCGCGAAUGUUCAUGUCGUUACGAAGGCAAAUCUAGUGACCUACAGAGGGCCAACAAUGGUGGCAAAUACUCUCCAUGCUGCCUCGAUUUUGUUGAAAAAGAGCGGGGAAUGGGACUGGUUUAUCAAUCUUAGCUCUUCGGACUAUCCCCUUGUUACUCAGGAUGAUCUGCUUCUUACUCUCACGGGUCUUCCACGACAUCUGAAUUUCAUCGAGCAUACGAGUGACAUUGGAUGGAAAGAGUUUCAGAGGGCAAAACCUAUCAUCAUAGAUCCUGGGUUGUAUAUGUUGCAAAAAUCAGAAGUGUUCUGGGUUUCACAGCGCAGAAGUGUUCCUACUGCAUUCAAGCUCUUUACAGGGUCUGCUUGGAUGAUGCUCUCUCGUGCAUUCAUUGAGUUUUGUGUAUGGGGUUGGGACAAUCUCCCUCGUACCGUCUUGAUGUACUACUCCAACUUCUUGUCUUCCCCUGAGGGCUAUUUCCACACUGUUAUAUGCAACGCUGAGGAGUUCACUAACACCACAGUCAACCACGACCUCCACUAUAUAUCAUGGGACAACCCACCAAAGCAACACCCCCACUUCCUUGUUCUGAAUGAUUUUUCCUCUAUGGUCCAAAGCAAUGCUCCUUUUGCGAGGAAAUUUGGAGCCAAUGACCCAGUGCUAGACAAGAUCGACCAAGAGCUCUUGGACCGUGGAGCUGGUCAUCUUGUACCUGGUGGAUGGUGUAUUGGAGAUAAGAAAAACGGGAGUGAUCCAUGUUCGGUUAUAGGCAAGACGGGAGUUUUGACGCCUGGGAAAGGUGCCGUGAGGCUAAAAAGCCUCAUUGAUAUGCUUCUUUCGCGGGAUAAUUUCCAUCCAAGCCAAUGCAAGUAAUGGAUAUGGUGAAACAAGAGAGAGUCAAGCUUUGGUUAUCCCACGAUAAAGUUGCAGCUCUAACAUGGUUAUGAGCACCACUACACUAUUGGUGAGGGAUUAUUUUUCGAGUUUGGAUUAUAAUAGAAAUAUGCAAACUAACUUGGCCAUGCCGAGUGGGGUGAACUUCAGGAGUUCUUCGAAGCCCUUAAAAGAAUUGGGCUUAGCUUCAUUGGUGUCAUAUAUGUAACUAUACAGGUGUUCCUGUGUAUGAUAAAUGCCUUUCUAAAGAAGAAGUUUGCCCCUCAUGCAGUAAAAUAUAAUCCUUAUUUUUUUUACCAGGUAAGUAGUUUCAAUUUUUAUUUUUUGUUGUAUAUGGACGUUGGUAUAUUUUACCUUAAAUGGUUGUAGCAGCUCAUGAUCAGGAAUUGCUAUUGAAGUCACGGAUAUGCAACUAUAAAAGUAAUAAUAGAUUUUGUUUACUCGGAA